AUGAAUAAGUGUUCCAGAUUGCUUAGCUGGCGUCGUUUGGCUAUAGGAGUAGCCUAUUGUCAAACAAAAACCACUAACCCUGAUAAGGUGGAACAACCAAUAGUCAUAGAAUUGAAUCAAAUAGCCGAACAACUGACCCAUAAGCAUUUGUUACAACAAACGUGUACUAUAUCAGUAAACUGUUCUUGUCAGAUGAUUACAAUAGCACUAGUUGCAUUCAAUGAUGCAUCUCAGAAGUACAAAGAUACACUAAUUAGGUGUAUGGAUUUAUUGGAACCCAAUGAUUUGUUCAAUGAAAAAUUAGAAAAUGAUGUUUUGGAGUCUCGAUAUGAUAUUGCAAAUGCAAAAUCAUUUUAUUUAGAUUCUAUUAGUGCUAUGGAUUGUGCUCUACAACUUGGAAGGUCAAACGCACUUAUGUCUUAUACAGUAGCAGCAGACACUGUAUUCAAUAGUAUGUCUGAAAAACUUUACUCCGCUGAAAGAGAGUUUCAGUCUUGUACUGAAGAGAUAAGGAAAUUAGAAGACAAAUUCACUAAAUUAUUGGCAGAAUCAGUGAAUAUAUCUAAACAUGAAGAAAGUUGA